CUAUCUAUCUAUCUAUCAAUCAAUCAAUCAAUCAUUGUUUUUAGUGACCCUUACGGCCAUCUCCUCGGGGAAGAGUCACAGAGCUCUAGAUUAGCAGCACUCUAUUUUUCUGCCUGUCACACGCUGAGAGACAGCGAGUGACACACAGCUGUUGGUUGUUUUGUUUUUAUUUUUUAUUUUAUUUUCUCUUCUUUUUUUUUUGCUGGGACAGUUAGAUUGUAUAAAUUAUAUGUUGAUUGUAAUUCAAUGAUUGUAAAUAUUGCUUUCUUUUAUUGUUAUUAGUUUUUAUUUUAUUUUAAAACGAAUAACAGAAUUAUAAUAAUUUAUUGUAAAUAUUGCUUUCCUUAUCUUUUUAUCUUUUUUUCUGAUGGUUGCUUUGGCAAUAUAUACAUUGUUACGUCAUGCCAAUAAAGCCAAUUGAAUUGAAUUGAAUUGAAUUGAAUACUGCACCGCCGUUCCUGCCCGCUGUGACGUAUGUUCCUGUGACGCGCACAGAUUUUAAACUCUCGUCCUUCUCAGUGAUGGCGGCUUCGUUUCCUUCUCUCCCCGCAAGCUGUAACAACAAAUGGUACUACACUCGGCAGCAGAUCGACAACAGCCCAUCCCGGCGAGCGGGACUUGACCCGGACAAGGAGCUGUCCUACAGGCAGCAGGCGGCCAACCUGCUCCAGGACAUGGGCCAGCGGCUCAAUGUGUCCCAACUUACAAUUAAUACAGCCAUUGUGUACAUGCAUCGGUUCUACAUGGUCCAGUCAUUCACAAGAUUUCACAGAAAUGUUAUUUCUCCCGCCGCACUCUUCCUCGCAGCAAAGGUCGAGGAGCAGCCCCGAAAGCUGGAGCACGUUAUCAAGGUGGCCCAUGCAUGCCUCAAUCCUCAGGAUCCUUCACCAGAUGUACGCAGUGAUGCCUACCUGCAACAAGCCCAAGACCUGGUCAUUCUUGAGAGCAUAAUACUCCAGACCCUGGCUUUUGAAAUCACCAUCGACCAUCCACACACUCAUGUCGUCAAGUGCACUCAGCUGGUCAGAGUUGUUCCAGCGAGUAAGGAUCUGGCUCAAACAUCAUACUUCAUGGCCACUAACAGUCUGCACUUGACCACGUUCUGCCUGCAGUACAGUCCGCCGGUCGUGGCCUGCGUGUGCAUCCACCUCGCCUGCAAAUGGUCCAACUGGGAGAUCCCCGUGUCCACAGACGGCAAACACUGGUGGGAGUAUGUGGACCCCACAGUGACCCUCGAGCUGCUGGAUGAGCUCACACACGAGUUCCUGCAGAUCCUGGAGAAAACACCCAGCCGGUUGAAACGGAUUCGCAACUGGAAGGCUGGAGGUCAGACACCAAAAGCCAAGCCAAAAGUGCAGGAGGACGGCGACCAGAGGGACACCAUGAUGAGCAUGAUCUCCAUGGCCUCUUCAGAGAGCACCGUGGCGGGCCUGAUGAGCCUCUCCGCCCCACCGUCCGCCUCAUCAUCCUCGUCUGCCGGGGACAAAGACCGGGUGGAGUCAGGCAGCGCUGCAACUUGGAGUGGGAAAGGUCAGACUGGAGCCGAGCAGCAGGCCAACAACGAGGUGCACGCCCCGGCCAAGGUGUCGCUCAGCGAGUACCGGGCAAAGAACGCAGACGUGCUGGCUGCCCAGAAGAGAAAACUGGAGAACAUGGAGGCCAGCGUGAAGAGGGACUACGCCAACGCAGCCCAGGCUCUGAUCGGGCAGCAGCAGAGGAAAGACAAGACGCAGCAGCAUCACCAGCAGUCCGGCUCCUCUUCCUCAGACAUGUCCAACCCCUCGCCUAUUAUUUUGAAAAUCCCCCUGGAGAAGGAGCGGCACGAGAGGACCUCGCUCAAAAUGCGCUUCCCCCUGGCCGGGGGCGGAGGCAGCGGGCACAGCGGCAGCAGCCGCGGCCAGGAACAGGACAUCAAAGUGAGAAUACGAGUGCCUGAGAAGCAGAGGGGGAGUUCAGGAGAGGAGGGCAAGAGCCGGGACAAGCACAGGGAUCGCUCCAACCACCACCAUCACCACCACCACCACCACCACCACUCCUCCUCCUCCACCAGUGCCUCGCUCUCCUCCUCACACAAACAUUCUUCUAGUUCUAGUGGAGCGGUCGGAGGCAGCAAAAAGGUCCCCAGCGACUCCUCUAGAACCAGCUCCUCCUCCUCUUCUACAUCACGUAAAAGGACGCACUCCCAAGAUCCCACAGCAGGCGCCCACCCUCCCUCUAAAGUCAGCAAGUCCUCGAGGAACCCCUACCAGCUGCCGUCCCUGUCUUCCUCCUCGGGGCAGACUCUGGGGCACGGCCAGGACAUUCUCCCUGCGCUGGGCCUCCCACACCACCAGGGGAGCUACCCGCACUCCAAAGGAGACAAGACAGAUACUAACGGACACGGCGCUGCGGGCGGAGCCCAGUCGAACGAGUACCAGGACACUUUUGAGAUGCUGAACUCUCUUCUGAGCGCGCAGGGCGUCCAGCCGUCCCAGCCGUCCAUGUUUGACUACAGGUCCCAGUACGGGGAGUACCGGUACAGCGGCGGCUCCAGAGGGAGCAACCCGCGGCCCCCGCCCCUUCCCUCAGAACCCCCCCCCCCACUGCCACCUUUACCCAAAUAACUUCUUCAUCAGGAGACGGAUUCUGUACAUUGUACUUGACAUCAUGAACAUCCAUCUUGUUACAUAAAGUGUUGUAUGUUUUUUGUUUUUAUUUUAAACUCACCCAACAUUUUUUACAGGCUUCAGUGUGACAGCAGUGAAAUGUACCGGUGAGGCAAAUGAGUUUUGUUUUUUCUUUUUACUCUUGCGGGCAAUAAUGAGAGGCUUCAAAAGCUUGAAAAAUGUGAGGAAAAAAAAUACAGGAAAGUGUAGAUAAUAUUUUCGCUCUUCUGUUUAACUAAAAAUGAAAUGUGAUGAUGGGACCUGGUCAUUUUUAAUUUUUUUAGCAUUGUUUUGGAAGAAGUCUUGAAAUCAUGAGGAAACUAAAAGAUUUCCAUCGCAUAACUGUUAGGUCUUCUUACAGAUUGUCUUUUUAUAAUGUUUUUAUAGUUAUUAUGUUAUUUAUUGAUUGAAUGCUUUUAAAAAAGAAAAGAAAACAUAGUCCCCUUUUCUACCUUUUUUAAGGUUUCCCCUGUUUGUUCUGUUUUUGGGCAGAGGGGUGUUUCAUCAUGACUGUACAGGAUGGUGUGAGUGCAUGUCUCCAGAGCCAUCCUUUCAAUAUUGUUUUUUAUUUUUUUGAAAAUUAUUUUCCUCUUCAAACAGCCAUAACUUUUAAAAAAAACUGAAAAAAAGAGAAGGUGAUUGCCCAUUGCUGGUGUUUAUCUAUUUUAUCUCCAUUAUUUGGUAAAACUUGUACAAAGACUGUAAAAUGUUUAAAACAAACAUGAAAUAUUUUUUACAUUUUGUUAUGAAAAAUUGCAAAAAAAUAUGUAAAUUAAGCUUGUACUUUUUUCCCCCUUUUUUUAGAUUUUAAGUGUUGCAGUCAUUGUUUUAAAUGGUUGUAAAAUAUUCAGUUCUCUAAUCGAUUACACUAAUGGAAGUUCAUACCAAGGAGAUACAUUUAUGGUUUUCUAUCAAAGGGUUCAAAGAGUUCAAACAUAUCUACACGGUAUGGUCACAAUGAAGGAACUGCCAACAACAAAAAAAUCCCUCUAGAACAGAAAUGUGAGUUUUUAAUCCUGUCAUGUAAUUUGUCACUGGUUCAUCAGUCUUUUUAUGGUGAUCACAAGCAAAUGUAAAGAAUCAAAUGGGCACAAUAUAUAAAUGUACAACAUUUUAAGCGUUGUUUGUGUUGGCAGCGCCCUGAAAGUGUGCCAGGUUAAAAAAACUGCUGGUGCUCACUUUGUGGUGACCAUAUCAAGCACAAUCUACAAUAAAAGUAUUCACAACACACUAUAUCAAAGUCUAAUCAAACGCCAUCUGUCGUGUCCUUUAUGGUUGUUUUUCAUUUAUAGAUUUUUCUCCUUUUUGGGGAUGUUUUAAAAAUGUGUAAACCCCAGUAUACACCUGUCAGUUCAUGCUGGUCUGAUUUAAUCAUGUAAAAGCUGUCUUUUUGACUUCAUACCUCCAAACUAAAACAGUGGAUAUUCAGAUUGUUUUUAUUUUUGUAAAUCACACAUCAAGCAGGUUCUCCAUGAACCUCCACUACAGGGUCAUGAGCAUGAAGUAUACUAUAAUUUGAAUUAAUGAUUUUGUUUUGUUUUUUUAAAAAUACAGUGGAAAAGGUGCCACUUUUUUGGCAAAAGAAUCGGGUAUCAUCUGUACAUUUAAUUCAUACUGAGCUUUAUGUGGUUUUGAUUGUAUAGUAUUACUGCUCUUUACCUGCUUUCUUUUGUCAGUUUGUAGUCAAAAACUCAUCUGUUUAGGCAGUUCACAGUAAUGCAGUACAACAAAUCAUCAGCCAAAUAAUUGUAAAAAAAUAUUUUUGUUCCCUUGAUUAUAUGGAAGAUAAGCUAAAAUGAGUACAGCUCUUUGCUCAGGCAGCAGAGGUUUUAUUGGUUAUUUGACUCUUGGUUGUAACAGGGAAACAGUAAAUGCACUGAAUAUUUAUCUCAGUAGGUUUGCCUACGAUGCAAUUGACAAAGUGUUACAUGUAUAAUGGCUAGACUAUUAGAAUAGACGUCCAAUAUAUUGUUUUAUUUGAUCCGGACAAAUCUUCCAAUUUAAGUAUUAACUUUAUGCUGUGAGGAAAGUCAUAAAAAAAGGACAUGCAUUUCAAAAUAAAACCCAUAUGUGAGAAAAAUGUAGGACACUCAUGCAACCUAACAAUGCAAAAUCACAUUGCUACAAUAAGUUUCAUGGUUUUUUUUCACGUCUUGGUGUUUUUAGUGACACUCAGGUCUGGAAAUGAAACGUUUUUGGAUUUUAUUUGUUUUCAGUUGAGACGUUAUGUGUGAACACUGUUCUUUUUGAUAUAAUGUGGUUGCUUUAUUCUCAAUUAAAGUCAAUAAAUAUUUUAAGAAAA